CAAAUGAAAAAGAUUAAAUUUCGUACAGAAUAUUUGAUUUUAACACAUUAUACAAAGUAUCGGUUACAACAUAUGUACGUAUUCAUAUUUUGAAGCAUGGAAGACAUAAUUCAACGUCAAUGCAAUUCUUACAAUAAAAUCAGCUUCAUAGAUCUAUGUUGAAUUAGAUGACUAUAAUGACUAUACAUGUUAUUAUGAUAGCAAAACCAAAUAUAUCAUGAAAUCAUGUGCCGAUAUACGACCACGUGACUGUCACGAGCUAAGCAAUAUGCGUACAUCACACGAGGUCGAUGCCAUAUCGGAUUGUUCACUUAAGGGGUUAAGACAAUUUGUCGUUACGACUACGCGCUCGAGAAAUUGAAAUGGAGGGAAAUAAAGAAUCAGUAAAGGAAGAAAAUAAAGAACCAGUAAAGGAAGAAAUUAAAGAACCAUUAAAAGAAGAAAAUAAAAUGUUAAAAUUCGUAAAAUUGUCUAAGAAUGCGUAUGCACCAGUAAAGGGAUCAGAAUAUGCUGCUGGGUAUGAUUUAAGAAGUGCCUAUGACUACCUUUUGCCUGCACAUGGUAAGGUACUCGUCAAAACAGAUUUGAAAAUUAAACUUCCUGAUAACACAUACGGAAGAAUAGCACCACGUUCGGGAUUGUCAUGGAAAUAUCACCUUGAUAUAGGUGCAGGCGUUAUUGAUCCCGAUUAUCGGGGAAAUGUGUUAGUAAUGCUGUUCAAUCAUUCUGAUGUGGAUUUCAAGAUCGCACCAGGGGACCGUGUAGCCCAAUUAAUUUGUGAGAAAUUAAUAUUUCCAAAAGUUGUAGAGGUAAAAGAGUUAGAUGAAACUGAACGAGGAGAAGAUGGAUUUGGUUCAUCAGGAUAUUAAGAUAAUAAGUCUAUGUAUUUUUUAUUAACUUUUUUUUUAAUAAAGGUUAAUCACAUCAUUCUAAAAAAUAUUUUCUUCUACUAGUCUUGAGGAUUUUAUAUUUAUCAUUAUGCACAGGUACAUAUUUAUCAUUGUGAUUUAUAUCUUUGCAAGAGGGACUAGGUUAGUAUAUUGCGUUGGU